AUGGAUUACGACAACUUUUAUCAAAUAGCCGCCUACAAUAUCGGCGUUCGCACGGCGACCGCUUAUCUGUUCGGUGUAGCCCUUCUGUUAAUUGCAUCCAUCCUAAGAUCAAUAAUCAUCCAAAGCAACAAGGAAACAGAAUCAAAUGGAGAACUUAACAAAUCAGAAUAUCAAGAUCUGCGAGACAUGCCUGGACCGAAACCAAUGCUGAUCAUCGGGAAUCUGCAUCAGCUGAAACCGCAAGCGGACGAACCGCCUUAUGCGGCGUUUACGCGUUUGGCGAAAACUUAUGGGCCGGUUUACAAACUGGAAAUGGGAGCUAUCAAGUGUGCCGUGGUUAAUGAAUUGGAGAAUAUGCGUGAAGUGUUAAUCGCUAAAGGAAAUCACUUUGAUGGAAGACCCAAUUUUUGGAGAUACAAAGAAAUAUUUAGCGGUGACAAGGAAAAUUCUCUCGCCUUCUGCGAUUGGUCAGACGUCCAGAAAUCUCGUCGAGAGAUGUUACGAGCCCACACUUUCCCCAGAACUUACUCAGCACGCGGUGUGGAAAUGGACGGACUGAUUGGAGAACAAAUGACCAUAAUGUCAAAAAUCAUACAAGAAUCUGACAAAGAUUCACCUUUACCUAUCAAACCUUUGCUGCUCCAAACCUGCGCCAAUAUUUUCACCAGAUACUUUUGCUCGAGGUCCUUCGACUUUGAUCAUGAAGGUUUUCAAAACACCGUCGAAGAUUUUGAUGAAAUUUUCUAUGAAGUAAAUCAGGGAUACGCAGCUGAUUUUUUGCCCUUCCUGUCGCCUCUGCACGAAAAAAGGAUGCGUGAUAUAAAGGUCAAGUCGCACCGCAUCAGAGAUUUCGUACUGGAGGAAAUUAUUGGUGAUCGGUUUGAAAACUGGAAACCAGGAGAUACCCAAAACGACUACGUAGAUUCACUCGUCGAAUACGUCCGAGGCGAAGGUACACCCGCGCUUUCCUGGGACAUGGCGCUGUUCGCUCUUGAAGACAUUCUAGGCGGUCACUCAGCCAUCGGUAACUUGAUGGUGAAAGUUUUGGGAUAUGUAGCAUGUCGUCAGGACGUGCAAAACCAAAUGCAGCAGGAAGUCGAUAAUGCUAUUGGCCAGGAAGAUAGUUGUCGAAGACCAGGAUUGACCGAUAGAGUAAACAUGCCUUAUACGGAAGCUGUGAUAUUAGAGGCAAUCAGGCUGAUAGCAUCACCUAUCGUGCCACAUGUUGCCAACAAGGACAGCGCUAUUGCAGGUUACAAAGUGGAAAAGGGAACACUGAUCUUUCUCAACAAUUACCACCUAAACAUGUCACCAGAAUUAUGGGACGAGCCUGAAUCAUUCAAACCCGAAAGAUUUUUGCGUUCUGGACGUCUUGUAAAACCAGAGCACUUUCUACCAUUCGGCGGAGGACGUCGUUCCUGCAUGGGAUAUAAAUUGGUGCAAUGGUGCAGCCACGCAAUCUUGGCCAAUUUGAUGAAAGAUUUUACAAUCCAACCUGUAGAAGGUGAUUUGUAUAAAGUGCCAGUAGGUAACUUAGCCAUGCCAAAAGAUUCCUUUCGGUUUAGAUUUUUAGCUCGAUCGGGCCAAACGUGA